GAGCGCCAGGCAGAUUGGUUGUGCAACCUUUUACUUCCUCUUUCAGUGCGAGCAGUUAUUGCCGAGAGGGAUGCCUCCCAAGGGCUGGGCGGGGCCUCAGCCUGUGGGUUCGUCUGGCGGCCCGGUGCAGGGUUCUGCGUUUGGAGGUUGGAAAGGCCGUGACCCUCCUCCUCCGUACGAUGGGAAGCAGCCAGACAAGACGCUCGAUCGUUGGAUGAAAGAGUUGCGGCUAUGGGAGUUCGAGACUGAGAUUCCGAAGGAAAAGUGGGGGGUCAAGAUCCUCCGACAGCUCUCAGGAACUGCCCGAGCUGCAGCAGACAGCUUAUCCUUUGAAGAUCUGGCGUGUCAGUCGGGACGUGACAACCUGAUUAAGGCCCUGAAAGAGCAUUUCGCUCCUCACCUGGAGUCCUCCUUACCACGAGCUUUUGAGGAGGCGGUUUAUGGCGAUGUCAGGAGCUCGCGGGAAACUUUCGGCGAGUUCGUGAUCCGGAUGGAGCACGCCUUCAAGGAGUUCGAGAGACAAGGGGUGAAGCUUGGAGAUGUGGUUCUGGGCUAUGUGUUGUUCAGAGGAGCUAACUUGUCCGAGGCCCAGGAGAAUCAGAUGUUGACUUGGGGUGAGGGGAAGUACGACCGCUCCACGGUCGUGAAAGGCCUGCGCAGGUUGGACAAGAACAUCCACGAAGGCAAGAAGAAAAGUGCAGCUUACCUAAUGGACGAAUUGGGUGAGCAAGAUGGUGACGAGCCCGAGGAAGAGAUCCAGGAGACCUAUUUGGAGGCCCAAGAGGACAGUGACGACGAGGAUUACGUGUACAUCGGCGAGGGCGAGAUGCAAGAGAUAUUUGACGAGGAGCACGUUCAGGAAGCCCUCGCCACCUACCAGGAUGUCCGUAAGUCCUUGAGGGAUCAGAAGAACAGCCGCGGAUAUUACCCCCAACCUUCAGGACGAGGAGCCUCUCCACCAGGCCGAAAGGGGAAAGGACGCGGAAAAGAUUCGAGACCUACUCUGGCCUUCAAGGGCAAGAACCGGGACUACGUCAAGUUUACCAAGAAUGGCACCAAGAUCCACGUGGACAUGUUGAAGCUGAGAACGAGAUGUGUUCGUUGCGGUGCCAUUGGACACUGGGCGAAAGAAUGCAGAAAUCCCCCAGACGAGCGUGGCAAAGCUGCGGCUGCGAUGCGAAGCGCAUCUUCGGCUCCUUCAUCCCAAAGUGGGAGGUCAGGUUUCUUUGUCAAGAGCGAGGGCGAAGCCAGCCCCCAGACCUUCAUGACCAGACGGUGCGAGUCGGAGGAAAGCUCAGAGCGCAGCUUCAGCUUGAACUUCAUGUCCUACAUGCCCACGUUUGGAAAGUUUCUUCAGAAUGUAAUGUGCCGCCGAGAGCUAGAUGAUGCCGGGGAGAUUGCUGAUGUGAACGACGUACCUCCCCCGAGCUUUGCCGGUGUCACAACAUGUCCGUCGCAGGGAGUGGUCGACACGGCGGCCCAGGACGGGCUCAUCGGCAAGGCGGCGCUGCUCAGGCUCAUAGGAAGCUUGAGGGAGCAUGGUUUGAAGGUGAACUGGAAUAAGACCAAGAAAGCUCAAGCAUGUGGAGUCGGAGGGAAAGCGCAGGUUAUCGGGAUUGCCGAGGUGCCGUUGGGAAUUGCGGGUGUCAGUGGCUUGAUGGAGUUGACUGUUAUUGCAGACGAUGUGCCGCUCUUGCUGCCAAUCAAGUUGCUUAAGCAGUUAAAGGCUGUGGUGGACUUGGACCAGAACGUUUUGGAGCUCAAGGCGUACGAUGUCAAGGCGCCGCUUGUUAGUCUUCCUUCAGGGCAUGUUUCAGUUGGAGUGACUGAGUUUGCACCAGGAGGCUGGAAUAGUGAAGCCGUAGAAGCAAAUCUGCAGUCCCAGAAGUUUACACUUGCAAACAGCGGCUUCAUGAACCACAGCAUGAUUGCUCUCGAGCAAGCGGGCGGUUCGUCGGUGGCGGCUGAUUGGAGCGAAGCUGGCAGAGCUUAUGCUAUGGACACCCAGCUGGAGUAUGCCGAGGUGAUCAAGUUUGCGGACUUCCUUGGUGCCAGGCAGAGCAAGGAAAGGCCUUCAGCGCUGAUAUCCGAAUGCAAGCAUCCAAUGACGGAGUUGAAGGGUGCUGGGAAUCAGUAUCGGCGAGAGAUCUACUGCAACCUCUGCAAAGGCCGCUGGGGACAUCUGACCCCGGAGGAGUUGAGGAACCGCAAAGAAGCAGUGAGAAGUCCUGCGAACCCUCUGUCGAUCAGUCCCUCCAUGAGUGCCGGUCCGAUGGAAGAUGUGAUCAAGUGCUUGUGCGGCAAGCCAGCCCACCGCUGGGAGGUGAAGAAGAAGGGACCGACGCAGGGAAGACACUUUUUCCGGUGCCAAAGCCGCGUGUGCGAUUUCUUCCAGUGGGACCCGACCGAGCAGCAACAAGCCAAGGAACGGAUGGAGAUCGAGGAGGAGAACGCGGAGAAGUUCCAGGAGGAGAUCCUCAAGAUACAGAGUCAGGCAGAGGAUCACAUCAAUCACCAAGCUCAGGAGAUGCAGCGCAUGAUGAAGAUCCAGACCGAGCAGAUGGAGCAGGAUUACCAGAACCGCAUGGAGGCUCAGUCCAGCCAGCAUCAGCAGGAGCUGGCCGAGAUGAAGGCUCAGAUGGCCUGGAUGCAAGGCUUCCUUGCCCAGAUUCAGGCGAGCCAGGCUGCUCAGUCGGACGGAUUCAGCUUGGUGUCCGCGGUUGCAGAUGAGGGCAUUUUGCCCAGAGCAGGGCUCCACACCAUGGAGUAUGUCAUUGCCUCGUUCGUUCUUUCUUUGGGACGAUCUCAACCAAAAGUGAUGUUGGUCUGUUAUGGCGACAAGGAGACCAUGGCUUAUUGGAGCCAGGAGCAGGGCAAGGGCAAGGCGCUUACGCAUGGACAGCUCAAGAGGAUGCACCGCUCUCUCGACGCAAUGACUCAACCAACUUUGAAGUCUACGGAAAACAUGGUGUGGAAGCUGGUGUCACCGGAAUUUGAUGCAAGUGUGUUCGAGUCUGACGAGGCGAUGGCCAUUUUGGAUCCGCUUCGUUCUGAGAGUCUUUGGAGUUCUCUCAAAGAGAGCUCGCCGAGUCGUGUGGCACUGUUUCCAAGUCAAGGACGAGAGUCUUGUGAGAUGGCGAGCGAUAUCGCCGAGUGGCAAGCAGCGCGUGGCAAGUCCUUUGUGAUGCUUUGCGAGUUGGGUGCCCAGCCACUCGAUGUUGCAGGUGAUGCCUUUGGAUGGGUCCAAACCUUCAACGAUGGCGUGUGCUACAUUAGCAACGAUGAGACGAUGCUUUACGAGGUCUUUGGGGUGAGCGUGGAUCACGAGGCAUGCCAGAAUGAAGUCGAUUGCUCCCCUCAGAAUCAGGAGGCACACCAGAGUGAAGUCGAUUGCUCCUAUCAGAAUCAGGAGGCACACCAGAGUGAAGUCGAUUGCUUCCAUCAGAAUCAGGAGGCACACCAGAGUGAAGUCGAUUGCUUCCGUCAGAAUCAGGAGGCACACCAGAGUGAAGUCGAUUGCUCAGGCCAGUUUGACCAUGAGCCUACUUGGACCACCUUUGCGGUCGGGCUCAACGCAGGUUCUCUACCUCAUCGAGAUCUUCAUAAUCGAACGGGUCCUCGGAACUACGUUCUUGGGCUUGGCAAGUACAAGAAGGGUGAAGUAUGGGUUCAAGAUGUCCACAAAUUGCCGGGUUCAUCAAGAAAGAAGCUUCCUGAUGGUCAAACGAUUGCUGUGAAGCAUGUCGACAUCAAGUACAAGCUCAGAGAGAUUGACCCGAAGUUGUGGCCUGGGUCGCAGCCCUGGACAGGCUGUCGCUAUGUGCUCAGUGCUUAUCCCUCUCGAGGUUUUGAUGUGAUUGAGCCCAUGCAUUUGAAGACGCUCAAGCAGCUCGGUUUUCAGUUGCCCAGGAAUCAUGUGUACCAGAUGUUUGAUGGAUCAACUCGUCAGAGUGAGGGCUAUGACCUUGAGGUGUUCGUUGAGGAGGACGAGAACAAUGAAGCUGACGAGAGGUUGGGAGUGAGCCAGCCGCAUGUACAUGAAGAGAUGCGCCCCACCAACGAGGAGAUCAGGCUGCUCAAGAAGCUUCAUCAGAAUUUGGGUCAUCCCGGGCCCAAGGAACUUGCCAGAUCGCUAAGGUUGGCGAGGGCAAAGCCACAUCUGGUUCGCUACAUGGCGAAGGAAUUUCGUUGUGAAGUUUGUGAGGCAAGACCGAAGCCGAAAUCAGCCAGACCGGCAGUGUUACCGAGAUCGUACGAGCCGAGGAAGGUAGCGGGAGUCGACGUGAUUUACCUUCGAGCUCUGGAUCCUCGAGACAGCUUCGCCUGCCUCAACAUUUGCGAUUGGGGAACGGGAUAUCAGAUGGUGGAACGGCUUCGAAGUGUCGAUGCUGAUCACACCUGGCGCACCUUCCUUCGUGUAUGGGGACGUACAUUUGGCAUCCCCGAAAUCCUGAUCCCUGACUUGGGCACCGAAUUCCGCGGAGACUUUGCCGACCAGGCAGCCCAAGCAGGAGCGCUUGUGCGCCAUACAGGCGCACGGUCACCCUGGCAAGCAGGAAAAACAGAGCGAGCCGGAUCGCAUUUCAAAACGAUCCUAGAAAAAGCUCGCGACAUGGCUCAGAUCAGCUCCUGGGAGGAACUGAAGUCCCUCAUGCUGGAAGUUGAGUCUGCAAAGAAUCGCUACAACAACAGAAGUAAGAAGCCAAUGUGGGUUGGACCUGGAAUUGUCCUUGCAGUUGAAGGAACAGCUGGUGAGCUCGAGGCUCUCAAGGAGGAGCUUGGGCGAUCGAGCACCAAAAGAUCGUACAAAGACAUGACUGAGGACCAAGCUGGUCAAUGGAGCCUCCAGCUCAGCGACCUCGAGUACGUGAUCCCGCUCAAGUACCAGUUCCUGCGAGAGUAUGACGAGGUCAUGAGAAACGAGAGACUGGAUGGUCACUUUCCCGGCAGCCCACCGUACGAAGCAGCUCGAAGGCUGAAUCGUUAUCGACCACAAGAGCAGCGACCCUACUUCCAACACAAGGAGAGAAACGUGAGCGAGAAGGCUUGGUUCUCCUUGCAAGAUGAUGGUUGGUUUUUGGAGAAGGACUGCUGGGAAGAGUCAAGCCGGGACUUUAUUAUCCGGCAUCAUGUGGAACCUCGGGACGAACUAUGCCAUCCCAACAAAGUCAAGGGAGCCCUGAUGCCCAGAAGAUUGAAGUACCGCAACACCUAUAUGAUCAACGACGAGGGCGAGGUGAAGACGUUGCAGGACAAUUGGGUUAGAAAGGGCAAGGCCGCAGCCAAAGUUGGAUACACUUGGACUGGGUUCACUGUGUUCAGCUCCAAGCCGAUAGAUUGCAAGGUUUUUGCUGGAGGCAAACCACGCGGCCAGGGAGAGAUCUUUGAUCAUGAAAUCAAGGAGGAGGACAGGCCGGGGUGGCGUGAAACAGAUCUUCAAGAGUGGUCUAAGGUUGUGGCCACUGGUGCAGUCCGCGUCCUGGAUGUCAAGGAAUCUAGGGAGGUUCGCGCCAAUUUGGCGGCGCAAGGGAAGCUGAACAGAAUAAUGCCAUCGAGGAUGGUGCGCCGCAUGAAGCCAUCCGAACAACCUGGGGAACCGGACGUCAGGAAGUCACGCUGGUGCAUUCGUGGAGAUCGCGAUCCAGACUUGUUGACACUCGAAAGAUUUGCUCCAACGCUAUGCUCGACUACGUUCGGUGUGCUCUUGCAAGCGUGUGCCUCGAUGAAGUACAAAGCAAGUGCCGGCGAUUUAAAAAAUGCGUUUUGUCAGAGCUUGCCGUUGCAGAGGACCGAGGGCAAGCUGUACGCGAUGCAGCCGAAAGGAGGCAUUGCCGGCCUCCACGAAGAACAGAUCAUCGAGAUCGUGGCAGGCUGUUACGGCCUGCCAGACGCCCCACUCCACUGGCGGAAAUCGUUGAAAGAGAGCAUUAUUGCUCUCGGAUACCGCGAAAGUGUUUUGGAUCCGACAGUGUAUCUGUUACAUGCAGAGGGCAAACUGCAGGGGGCAAUUGCUGUAGAAGUAGAUGACCUCUUCAACUUCGGCAGUAGCCUUCACUACCAGAAAAUGGAUGAGCUCAUGACCAAGUACAAGUUCGGCAAGAUGAUCAAGGCACGCCCGGAUUUGAGCAUUAAGAUACGAUCAAUUGAUCCUGAUCGGCUAGCUUGGGGAGUGAUGACCGAUGCAUCAUUCGACAACGCUGGAGAUGGAAGAAGUCAAGGUGCUUUUGGGGUUAUCGCGUUCCACGAGGACCUCCAGAAGGGAUUUAGGGUUCCCUGCUUCUUGAUUACAUGGCGGAGUGGCAGGAUUCAGCGUGUUGUCAACUCGACCUUGGCAGCCGAGACUCAGAGCCUCUCGAAAGGACUCGGAGAACUAUGCUGGAUUAUGUCCGUCUACAACGAGAUCACGGACCCGGAGUUCACGGUUGAGCAGUGGGAAGCCCGUAUGGCUCGCAACAAAGUUCUCGCAAUGGUGUCUGACGAGUGCUCUUCUGAUUUCAAAGAGGCGCUUUGUAUGGUGGACGCCAAAGCGUUGUAUGACCAUCUAUCACGCGAAAGCGUUGGUCCUUCUCAAGAUAAACGCACAGGUCUUGAGAUACAAGUCAUACGCCAAAGUAUGAACUCGAUCCGGGGAAAAGUGAAGUGGGUUCCUCACCCACAAAUGGCCAUCGACCGGCUCACCAAAAAGAACGCCAGCAUGGACUCGUUAUAUCAACUACUUGAUUCCGGCGAAUAUCAAGUCGUCGAGAUGGCGCAGGCUCUCAGGGACAAGAAAGAUGAGCGAGAACGACUUGGCUACAACCGCCGUUAG